CCCAUGAUGCUUAGAGGGGUUAGGUCGACACACCAUCUCACUGUUGUUCACAUAGUUGUUAACAAUGAAUGCAGACAAGUGGAUUUUCCCUUUAGCCCUGUGCUUCAUUUGUGCAUCUUCAAACGAUGAGCAGCACUUUGAGAAAUCGUGCGGGCAGUAUCCGUAUCUGUGUGAGAGGCACAUAGUCAGCACUCCACUUGGCUCGUCUGUGCUUCUUCCAUGCAACUUUACAACCAACGGCCUCGGGUGGGUGUCGUGGGUCCACGCUUCCGGGGAAAACCUGCUCCGUCUCAAGGCUGAUGGCCACGUGCAGUUCAUGCUCCCCAAAGAGGGCCGUGUGAAAGUUUUCCCAAACCAGGGCUCAAGGGGGAACUACCCCAUCAGGAUCGAUGAACUUCAGGACUCUGACCUGGGGUGUUACCGCUGCUUGCAGGGAGAUAAGUGUCAUCAGGUGGACUUGCAUGUCACAACAGACACACUGAGUAAAGAGACAUGGGGACUGAUCUACAUCUGUGUUGGUGUGGUAACGUUCGUCCUGCUGGGCGUCUGCACCUACUUCCUCCACAAAAAGAUGACACAGGACAGUACCAACAAUAUUGUAUGCGUACAUUUUGAGGAAGCGGACAACCAUAGUCUUGUUUACGAGAACGAUGACCAGGACCCAGCCAACCAGCAGGGGGACCCCAAAAUAAACUAUUGUAGUACUGUAGGUCUCCCUGAUCUAUACAGACCUCAGACAACUCAAAGCACCGUAUAUCCAAACUUGAACCAGUUUAAUUUUGAGAUGGUGGAGAGUGAGAGAACUACACAUAGAUUCCAAAGAGAAAUCCAUGACCGAUCAGGAAAAUCCUGUUUCACUCAACAUGAUUAUGUUAACCAAGAAGAAAUCAGCAAUCAACAAACCAUGUCAGCUUCGUUGGAGAAUCAUGAGAGAGGUUUCAGGAAGAAGAAAGCCAAAGCGAAUCGUGAAUACAAGAACCCAAUAUACAACAGAAGCCAAGAGCAGCUCAACCUAUAGAGAGCCAACUGUCGUGAUGUCUUCAGAAUCAGCAUCCUGUCACGAUUACAGUCCCUCAUCAGUCAUUUCCUGUUUGCUUUUUCUCUUGUUAAGUUCAGCAAAUAAAGAUCUUCAAACCCACACAAAA